AUGGGAAGCUUUCGUUAUUUCGAGAACUACUUUGAUAUGCCAGGAUGUGUGGUGUGUGCCAGAUUAGUGGAUAUCAUUGACAGACAGGCAGGGAAAAGACAAGACGAAUACACAUUCUGGCCAGAUGUCCUAGAAUGCUUUGGUCUUGUGUAUAAAAGAGAAAACUUUGCAGAUAAUAUAGGAGGGUAUUUCCCAGCCUACAAAAGUGAUCCAUUGAAGUACGUUGAACCCUGCAGUGAUGCUGUAAAAGGCUGGUUUAAGAAGCUGAAGGAUGCUGGGAAGGUCACUUUCCUUCUUACAAGUUCUCAUGUGGAUUAUGCAGAGUCUCUGCUGGAAAAUAUACUGGGUAAAGACUGGCAAGAUUACUUCCAUAUUUCCAUGAUGUAUGCGAGGAAACCUGGAUACUUCACAAAAGAGCAGACAGAGAGGCCUUUCUAUUCUAUUGUUGACAACAAGGAGGGAGAUGAAGUCAGUGAAAUCCAGACCGGUGGCAAGUACCUUCAAGGCAGUAUUCAUACAUUCAAUUCAUACCUCAAGAAAAUGACCGGCAAAGAAAACCCAAAGGUUGCAUACUUUGGUGACAGCGUUCGUUCUGAUGUCCUCCCUCCUCAGUCUGUUGGAUGGCAUCCUUUCCUCAUCUUGGAGGAGAUGGAAGCAGAAGGCCUGGGAGAAGAACCAGUGGGUGGGGAACAGACAGAUGGCCCACCCAUUAAGAGGGGGAAAAUCACAGGUCCAUCAACAACAGAGAAAGAGUUCAUUACAUCAAGCAUGUGGGGGUCUUUCCUCACUGACCAAACAGUUCUAAACAUACCUGAUGGAAGUGUUCACACUGGAGGGGAUGAGCUGGAUGGCCAGAGAGAUGCAAAUGGGCUGGGUGAUAGUCAAUUCCACAGUCUGAACACACUGUGGGGAUACUUCAUCCAGACCUAUGUAGAUGUGGCUAUCCCACAACUUGACUAUAUUGCAGAUCUUCCACUUGACCAUCAAUUCAGUACUUUUGCAGAUGCUUCUCAUCGUUCCGCAGGGUUCUAUCCGCAACCUCCACAAACUCUCCAGAAGAAGUGAAGUCCACCGAAUAAUACAGUACUUAUAUUCAUUGUGUUAUUAUGUCUACCAUUAAUCAUUGACGUUGUCUGGCAUUAAUUGAAUGUACAUCCAAUUUUGUGAUUGUAACGAGAAUACAGGAACUUUUAGAAUAUUUAUUUCAGGUAAGGUGUAACCCCGGAUUUAUUGUGUUCUAUUUUUAUUGUAAGAAAUGAAUACUUGUAUCAUCUUGUCUAAUUAUUCACAUUUUCAGGGAAUGAUGAUACAAUUGUAAAUAAAUAUUUUGUCUUCAUAAUUACAAUUCCCCUUGCACGCUUGCAUAUAAAUGGUGCAUAUUUUUUUUGUAUAGGAAAAGCUCUUAGGGAGUGGAGAUGGUGCACACAUUUUUUUCCAAAUACAUGUAAAGUGUUGUAAAGUGCAUUGAGGUAUACAUGUAAUGUGCUUUCUCAAUGUGAACUAUUAUUAUCAUUGUAGAUUAUCACAAUACCCCCCCCCCCCCCCCCCCGAUAGAACAGUGAAAUAAAAGUAAAACGGCAACUGACUUUAGGCCAGGAAGUUAUUAAAUUCUACUAUUGAAGAAAAAAAUAUUAGUAGUAUUUACCCUGUUUAAAGGUACUACAAAGUUUUGGGAAAUUUUGAAAAU